AUGUCAGGAAGAGGCAAAACCGGCGGAAAAGCCAGAGCAAAGGCAAAGACCCGCUCCUCUCGUGCUGGACUUCAGUUCCCAGUCGGUCGUGUUCACAGGCUGCUGCGUAAAGGAAACUAUGCCCAGCGUGUUGGUGCCGGAGCCCCCGUCUACCUGGCGGCUGUGCUCGAGUACCUGACCGCUGAGAUCUUGGAGUUGGCCGGUAACGCUGCACGUGACAACAAGAAGACCCGUAUCAUCCCCCGUCACCUGCAGCUGGCUGUCCGCAACGACGAGGAGCUCAACAAGCUGCUCGGAGGAGUGACCAUCGCUCAGGGAGGAGUGCUGCCCAACAUCCAGGCUGUUCUCCUGCCCAAGAAGACCGAGAAGGCCGCCAAGAAGUAG